AUGACCACCGCUGCCCCCAGUCACAAUAUGAAGUACCGCUAUCUGGGCAACUCUGGUCUCCUCGUGUCGCGUCUGUCGUUCGGCAGCUGGGUGACUUUCGACACGCAGCUGGACUUUGACAAGGCAUACAGCAUUAUGGAGCAUGCGUACAAGCAGGGCGUCAACUUUUUUGACAAUGCCGAAAUGUACGCGAACGGCCAAUCGGAGAUCAUCAUGGGCAAGAUCGUCAAGACCGGCAUUGACUCCAAGCUGUGGUCACGCGAGGACCUGGUGCUCAGUACAAAGCUCUUUUUCGGCACCAAGUCGGGCCCGAACGACGUGGGCAACAGCCGCAAGCACCUGGUCGAGGGCAUGAAGGCGUCGCUCAAGCGAUUUGACCUGGAAUACGUGGACCUGGUGUUUUGCCACCGUCCAGACCCUGCUACGCCAAUUGAGGAGACGGUGCGGGCCAUGAACUUCCUCAUUGAGCAAGGCUGGGCGUUCUAUUGGGGCACGAGUGAGUGGUGUGCCAAGGACAUCAUCGAGGCGUGCGAAAUUGCCGAUCGCCUCGGUCUGAUUCGUCCGAUAUUUGACCAGCCGCAGUACCACAUUCUGGAGCGCUCGCGUGUCGAGUAUGACUUUGACGUGUUGUACAAGAAGUACAAUUACGGUCUCACGACGUGGUCGCCUCUGGCGUCCGGUAUCCUAACGGGGAAGUACAGCAAGGGUAUUCCGGAAGGAUCACGUUUAUCUAUGCCGUCGUACAAGGCUAUGCUGUCGAACGGUCUGGAGGAGAAGAUUGCUAAAGCCGACAAGCUCGCUGAUGUGGCCAAGGAGGUGGGUUGCUCUGUCGCACAGUUGUCGAUUGCCUGGGUAGCGGCCAACCCACACGUGUCCACGGUAAUUCUUGGAGCUACUAGUAUCAAGCAGCUGGAUGAAAACCUGAAGGCAAUGGAUUUUGUGGACAAGAUCACACCGGAGGUUCGCAAGAAGAUUGACGCCAUUGCCGAGCAUAAGCCCAAGCCGAUCCCUCAGGCCGAGCCGUUCGUGAUCAAGCUGCGCCAGAAGUGGCUGUAA